UAAAUCUACACUACCGUAUUACCUCGACAAUACGGUAUUUCCACAGGAAGGAAAAUGUGCAUACUGUAUCCUGUUGAUGUCAUGUUACUGGGUCGGAGAAGUGGUUCCGUUGGCGGUUACGUCAUUCCUUCCUCUUGUCAUUCUACCAGCGCUUGGUGUCAUGAAAAUCAAGUCAAUCGCCGAAUCCUAUCUUACAGACACAAAUAUGUUAUUUGUGACAAGUUUGAUGCUUUCGUUAGCUGUGGAAGAGUGCCAUCUUCACAAAAGGAUCGCUUUGAAAAUGCUAACAUUUGUCGGUGCGAAACCACAAUGGCUGCUGGCUGGUUUCAUGAUGAUUACGUCUUUUAUAUCGCUGUGGAUUUCGGAUACGGCCUGUGCGGCACUGAUGGCUCCCAUCGCAUACGCUCUUCUUGAAGCGAUUAUGGUUCACAAGAUGCGGCCAGUAUGUUUUUGUAAAUCCUUGAUGUUGAUCGUCGCCCAUGCAUCACUAAUAGGGGGCACUGGAACAAUCAACUCAACUGGUCCAAAUCUUAUCUUCAGAGACACUCUUGAGAAGUUUUACCCAGGCGAGAACACAGGUAUCAGUUAUCUUUCCUGGAUGGGAUUUGCGAUACCGCCAAUGAUUGGGUAUAUGUUCUCAUCAUGGAUAGUCGUACAGAUACAAUUUCUCGGUGUACGACAAGUACUUCGCAUGUUCAAGACAUCUACAGAGGAGGAAGUGGUCGAUGAGCAGUAUAUCCACAAAGCAGUACAUGCAGCUUACAAUGAUCUUGGCCCCAUGACGUAA